AUGAAUCCACUGGAGUCGCUGACAAAACCCACAGAUAUACCAAAAAGCAACUACCGCCUUCRACUCAUCCACAAGGACAACCAAGAGAGCAAUGAACGAAAAGGCACUUUGAUUUCUUUCUUCGCCAUGGGCUGUKUUGUGAGCUCGACCUUUGUAGUUUUACUAUCUGCAGCAGAAGAUYUUCUAYCAGGUUCUCCCAUUCAAACUUCCAUCGUCUUGUUAGCAAARAGAGGUCCAUCUUCCUUGAUCUCUUUGAUCGCUCCAUACUUCAUGAAGAGGAUUCCAUACAGUAUACGAUUUGCCUUUGUUUUUGCAGCUAGUGUYGGAGGGUUUUUAYUAACUGGCUUAUUUAAAGCCGUCGAGUGGAAARUGGCGGGUGUAGCGRUAGCCUCAUUAGYCAAUGGUGUAGCAAGCAUCAGCUGUAUAGCGUUGGCAUCGUUCUUUGAUAUCAAAMCGUUGUCCAUGUACUCAACUGGUACAGGGRUUGGUUUCAUUGCCGCGCCGUUGUAUUACACAGCCAUAACCACUUGGUUGUGCGUAGCUCCAAAUAUUGCCAUUCUCGUUUUCAUGCCAUUAACAUGUUUAUACAUAGUGGCUUACAUCAUAGUCAACCGAAACUUGCCUGAAACAGACCUAAACAAAAGUACUUUUCGGGAAUAUAAUUACACCAAGUUAACUAAAGACGACGAAGAUGAUUUUAUUGACAYGCGUGAUAGCAUCGGACUAGAAAAGCUCAAAGAAGAACCAGAAAGGGUUGAGAAAGUGAAAAAAAAUUCGGAGUUUUUGACAACAAGGGAAAAGCUAUCCGUCAUCAUGGAAAUGAUGUUUAGAUGUUUCGUCCCAGUCUUCAUCGGUUUCUUCUCGCAGUACAUGCUUCUUCAAGCCGUCAUCACCACCUUAUCCUAUCAAAACGCUCCAUUUCCACCACGUGAUCAUUACCAAUARUACAUAUUUAUCUAUAUGGUCGGCGAGUUUCUCGGAAGAUGCCAUCGCUCUGUCCUUCGCUUGAUGAGUUCGCAGCUUCUUUACGAAGAAACCUCGCUAAAGCUGUGGCUUGUUUCGCUGGCUCAAGUGAUCCACGUCGUGUUCUUUGCUGUAGAGUCUUGGUAUCGCUUUCUUCCCGGUGUUGGUCUGGCUUUGUUUAUCACUUUCACGGCAGGAGUGGCCGUUGGAAUUCUUUUCAAUAACAUGCUUGAAUAUUUGAGUGUAGCACUUGAAGGCAGGAAACGCGAAUUCAUGCUUGGCUACAUUUCCUUCCCGAUGUUCUGUGGGAGCUUCGUGGCAGCUUUAGUGGGGAUCUCUGUAGAAAAUGUUCUCAGGAUACAUUGUCAGUUUUCUAUUUCAGAUAGCUCAUUUUGUUUAACAAGAGCUUCGUCGUUUGUUAACUUUACUUCUUCGUGUCAUUAG